GCGUGCGCCGCACGCCGCCGCGCAGGCGCAGUGGGGCUGGGGAGAGCGUCCGGAGUGGAAUUGCGGUAGCCGUUCCCGGCUCUGUGCGUCGUUGCCCGCGGGGCGGCGGGGAUGAACCUCUGUGCGGCCCGGCCCCGCGGACACGGCUGGAGAGGCGCCGCGCGCCCGGCCGCGGUGCCAGGAGCCUGCUGCCGUUCGCCGCUGCCAUUGGGGUCCCGGAGGCGAGCCGCCGCGGAGCUCGGGGAGCGCCGCUGACCGGAGCUGCCCACUCGGGCCCUGCUCGCGGCGGAGCGCGGGAGGGGGCGCGCAGGUACCUGGGCGGCGCCGCCCGGCCGGAGCCCCCUCGGGGGGGCGGGGGCCGUUGGGGCGGCCCGGCCCGCCCGCCCCCCCCCCCCCCCGCGCGCGCGCCGCGGCGGUUGGGCGCGCGACGGGGGACGUGGCCCGGCGCCCGCGGGGAGGAUGGUGAAGCCGCCCCGCGCCCCUGCGCCGGGCCGAGAGCCGGCCGAGCCGAGCGGGGACAGUGCCGCCAGCGCCAGCCUCCGCACGGGCUGAGGGUGCCGCCGCCGCGCCGGGAGAUGAGCCGAGUUCCGCCGGGUGGUCGUUAACGGAAGGAUGACCACUCCCGCCCUGCUGCCGCUGUCCGGGCGGAGACUGCCCCCCCUGAACCUGGGGACCUCCUCCUUCCCGCACCACAGGGCUACCUUGAGACUCUCCGAAAAAUUUAUCCUCCUCCUUAUUCUUAGUGCCUUCAUCACUCUGUGCUUCGGAGCGUUCUUCUUCCUGCCUGACUCCUCGAAGCACAAACGCUUUGACCUGGGUUUGGAGGAUGUGCUAAUUCCUCACGUGGAUACCAGCAAAGGGGGCAAAAACCUCGGAAGCUUCCUGAUCCAUGGGCAAGGACACGAUGAGCACCGGCACAGAGAAGAAGAGGAACGUCUGAGAAAUAAGAUCCGAGCAGAUCAUGAAAAGGCCCUGGAAGAGGCUAAAGAAAAGUUGAAGAAAUCCCGUGAUGAGAUUCAAGCUGAGAUUCAGACAGAAAAGAACAAAGUAGUCCAAGAGUUGAAAAAGAAAGACAGCAAACCACUGCCCCCAGUUCCUUUACCAAAUCUUAUAGGGAUAAAUAGUGGAGAACCAGCAGACCCAGACAUCCGAGAGAAGAGGAAUAAAAUUAAAGAGAUGAUGAAGCAUGCCUGGAACAAUUAUAGGCAAUAUGGAUGGGGACAUAAUGAGCUCAAACCAAUUGCCAGGAAAGGACAUUCCACCAACAUAUUUGGAAACUCACAAAUGGGUGCUACCAUAGUAGAUGCAUUAGAUACUCUUUAUAUCAUGGGGCUUCAUGAUGAAUUCAGAGAAGGACAAGAGUGGAUUGACAAAAAUCUUGAUUUCAGCGUGAAUUCCGAAGUGUCUGUUUUUGAGGUCAAUAUUCGCUUCAUUGGUGGUCUUUUGGCAGCAUACUACCUUUCAGGACAAGAGGUUUUCAAGAUCAAAGCAGUGCAGCUGGCAGGAAAACUUCUUCCAGCCUUCAACACACCUACAGGUAUACCAUGGGCAAUGGUGAAUCUGAAAAGUGGUGUGGGUCGAAACUGGGGCUGGGCUUCUGCAGGCAGCAGCAUCCUGGCAGAGUUUGGUACUCUGCAUAUGGAAUUUGUCCACCUCAGCUACUUGACUGGGGACCCUGUAUACUACAACAAGGUUAUGCACAUUCGGAAGUUACUUCAAAAAAUGGAUCGUCCUAAUGGACUUUAUCCGAAUUAUUUGAAUCCAAGAACAGGCCGAUGGGGUCAGCAUCACACCUCUGUGGGCGGACUGGGAGACAGUUUUUAUGAAUAUUUAUUGAAAGCCUGGCUUAUGUCAGACAAGAUGGACACAGAGGCAAGGAAAAUGUAUGACGACGCGAUUGAGGCCAUAGAAAAGCAUCUCAUCAGAAAGUCCAAUGGAGGACUGACUUUCAUUGGGGAAUGGAAGAAUGGGCACCUUGAAAGAAAGAUGGGCCAUUUGACCUGUUUUGCAGGGGGAAUGUUUGCCCUUGGAGCAGAUGGUUCCAGAGAUGAUAAAGCUGGACAUUAUUUGCAACUUGGAGCUGAAAUUGCACAUACGUGUCAUGAAUCAUAUGACAGGACAACAUUAAAGCUGGGUCCAGAAGCAUUCAAAUUUGAUGGUGGCGUAGAAGCGGUGGCAGUACGACAGAAUGAAAAGUAUUACAUCCUAAGACCAGAGGUGAUUGAGACCUACUGGUAUAUGUGGAGAUUCACACAUGAUCCCAAGUACAGGCAGUGGGGCUGGGAGGCAGCACAGGCUAUUGACAAGUAUUGCCGAGUCAGCGGUGGCUUUUCUGGGGUCAAGGAUGUCUAUUCCUCAUCUCCUGCGUAUGACGAUGUACAGCAGAGCUUUUUCCUUGCUGAAACUUUGAAGUAUUUGUAUCUGCUUUUCUCCAAUGAUGACCUUCUACCUUUAGACAACUGGGUUUUUAACACGGAAGCUCAUCCUCUGCCCGUUUUACACUUAGCCAAUACCACACUGUCAGGAAAUCCUGCUUAUCGAUAAAAACAGCUCUAAGAAGAGAAAGAGUGACUGCUUUCAGCUCUGUUUUGUUUACAUGGACCACUUGAGACUUCAAGAUGGAGAGGAGGCAGACACUUGAUAAAUCUGGACUUCUGAGUGAAGUACUGGGGUGAGAAACAAAGCUCUUCAACAUAUAACUAAGUAAAACUGAAAAAAAGUUCCGUUUUAUACAUGACCAAAACACCCUAGUGUGGUAUUUGCAGGACAGAGACCUGCACUUUGAACUCUAGCAAGAACUGGAGUCUACUAUUUAAUAUAAAUGCAGCAGCAUAAGGAAGAAGAGGCUUUCCUGUCCAGGGACAGGAACUAGCUGCUGCUGCUGUUGGCUAUUGCAAGGAACAACGCACCAGUCACCUCUUUAGAUGGGGUGGGUUCCAAAUGCUUUCUUUUCUUUCUUAUUUUUGUUUGAGGAUGACAUGAACAAAGCAACAACAAAAAGCAGCACCACUGCACCAGCAGCAUCAGGAUUUGAAUUUUUUUCCUGUAGCUGUCUGAAUUUUCUAAUCAGCAUCAGUUUGCUCAGACUGGCAGCCAUUCUCGGGAACUCUAAAACUGUUGCCUCUUCAUUUUCCCUUUUUAAAAUAAUGCCUAAAGAUCUGUAUGCAUGCUCACACCCAGAAAACAGUUAGUAAGCAUUUCGUUUGUAGUUCACUGGCAGCAUCGUGGGCUUAGAUCAUUUGGCAAGCUACAGUCACAGUGUGGAGCAUAUCAUAGGGGUAGGAAAGAGCCUAAGCCUCCCUUCCUCACAAAUCCUUUCACAUGGGAAGUCCAUGUUCUCUUAUUUGUCCUGUUUGUUGAACCAAAGAUGACAACAUGACAAAAACAGUUUCUCGUGGCGUAUUUGACAGAAUAUAGCAUAUUGCAGUUAGAAAUGCUUCCUUUGAGCUAGUCAACAGGAGUUUGUUUUGUCACUUUAUGUUAGUCCAUACAAUCUGGAUUUCUCCUAAGAGUUAUCUUUCAUUCUUUGGAUACUAUCCAGAGAGUGUUCUUUGCAGAUUUGAAAUCUUGACUUAUUUUACUUCUGUGUAUGACAGAAGCUCAAAACAGCAUUUGAUUUAGUUUACAAAACUCUUUUUCCUCUGGGUGACCAUCUGCUUCAGUGCAAAGCAAACAUGAUCUUCGUUGGAAACAACAUAACAUCUCUUACAUAUGAGUGGAAAAAGAAGCUAUCAAGUCCCUUCUUCCAUUAGUUUAUGAGAAAUGAGAUGCUGUGUUACCAGCAUGUGUUUUUCCUGGGUAUUACUAGGCUGGGGUAGUCCAAACAGUUUGAGAUUAGGCCAGACAGUAAAUGUAGACUGCUUCAGUCUUCACUUACAAUUUUUAUUUAUUAAAAGAAGUGUAUUUUUUCCAAGUAUAUUUUCAUCUCUUUUUAUCAUUGCUCCAGAAUCCUUACCACUCAAAUGGUUCUUUUUAUUCCCCUUUACAGUUCCCAGAUCCUUUCGCCAUGGUGCCUCCCCCUUUUGCUGAAAGAGAACUGAGGUGCUUCUCUCCCUUCUAAUUCAUGCACAGGUUGAGUCUUUUAGAAAUCCUGAUUGUAUUUUCGUAUUAAAAGUCAGUGGAAGAACUCUCUUGAAUGAGCUACAGCAGUAUAGCAUAACAUCCAAAGGCACUGACUGCUAUAACUCCCUCCUCCUCUCUCCUGAAAAUGUUUAUAUGUGAAGUUUUAUAUAUAAAUGUUUUUCUCACCUUCAUAUAUAAUUUGUGUGGGUGUAAAUCACAUGCACAAUUGAGAAAAUCUGUCUCUGCAUUAAAGUGGGAUUUCCUGGAUAAAAUUUUCCUUCAGUCCUCUUUGGUAUUAAUUUAGACAUAAAAAUCAUCACUUGGCAUGUCAGCUUGGAUAUACAUGCUCUAAGAAAAAAUGUUAUUGGAUGCUUUUCUCCAGACUGUUACUUUAGAUUAAGAGUAGGAAGACAGAAAGUUUGGAAAACACUUCAGUGUCAACAUUUUUACCUUAAUACUAAUUACUUAGUUACUGUAAUUUACAGCAGUAGUUUAUAAAUAAUUUGAGAACUGAUAAAGUAAUUGAUAUAGCAGAUAAUCCUGAUUCAAGUAAUUGUUUACUUAGAAUUAGCUUAAUAAAUGGAUUCUUAUUACUGGCCCUACAUUAAUUUAUUUUUCUAAUUAAUAUUCAAUGACUUACUGAAUCAUUUUCCAUUUUAAGGUUCAGAUACAUUGUGUUUUCAAAUUGAGUUUUUCCCAUCCUGUAAGAACUGUUGUUAGUUUAAAACUGCACUUGAUUGCCUUUGUUCUCCUAAAUCUCUCUGGAUACAAAGGAGAAUGAGGAAAAACACUCUUCAGUUGAAGAAAAAAACCCAAAACCCAGCACCUUCUACCCCAGCCCAUCCAUACACUUCUCAAUAAAUGCCAGUCAGAAUGGCUGCCAGUCUGUUCAGAGAAAGGUAAAGGACAGAGUUCUGGAGUCCCAGAAAUAGAAACAGCAAACUUCUGCUCAUCGUUACUCUCCCAGCCACCUGUUUUGAAGUACAAAACAACCAUUCAAAUUUCUCCAUGAAUCCCAGUGGAUUAACUCACUGCCACAAGAAUGCUUGAAUUGAGGACCUAAGCCAUUUCAUGGUGAUGGGAUGGUAUUUUUCUCAGUGCAGAUGUACAGUCCUGCUGUUUCUUCUUUGUGUAGAAAAGCAGCAGGUACCAAAUAAAGGACACUUGUUUCUCAUUACCAAGUUACCCAAAGUUUGUCAAUUUCUACUCUAUCACUGUUUAAAAUGCAAACCAUCCUUUUCCUCCAGCAGCUACUGAUGUGCAAAGUCUAUAUCAAAAAUAAUGCAUUCUGUGGACUAAUUGCUGUGUCAUUCAUGAAUGUGAACAUCCUGAGAUAUCAUAGAGUAAGCUGAGUUUGGAGGUCGUGGGUUCUGAGCAAGGUGUGCAUAGUAACCAAGCAUGGAUAUUGAAGCUUCUACCCGCAGUGAAAUGCACUCUUUCUCAGCCCUUCACAAAGUAGUAGGUCCUGAUCUGCAGAAAGGAGUUAUGUGCAAACCAAAGUUCAGACUGUUUUCCCUAUUGGUACAUAAGGUACAGUCGAAUACUGUCAUUUUCAUUCUGUUGCUGCUGUCUUACAUACUUUCAUGAAGAUAGAGUGUAAGUUUAAGCACAAGAUGGCUUUUUAGUCUUAGUUGUUUCCAAGUCUCUCACUGUAUUCCGUAACAAAACAGUCCUCAAAUUCUUUAGGUAGCUGCUGCAUUUUAGCAAUUUCUACAAUUGCUUUCUCCUCUUACAGGAAAAGUACUUUCUCCUCUUACAAGAUGAAAUAACAGAAAAUCAUGUACAUUUUUGGCACAUUGGAUUUGUGCAAAAGCCUGGAUAUCCCAGAGUUGUCUAUUUUCUUUUUGCAUGCAUUCAAAACAAGGAUGUUUAGUUCUUUUCCUAAUCCAAGCCUCAAGCUUGCCUGUCGGUCAGGAUCUGCUAGCAGUAAAGUUUUUUCUAACACAGCUUGACUUUUCAAAGAAGCCAAAUUUCUGCAGCUUCCAUUGACCAACUUGGAGCUGUGUGCAUCCUGCAGUCAAGAAGUCAUCUUCUUAGCUUUGUCCUCUGAUUGAAAACAAACCCCUGAAUGAUAUUCUGGGUGUUCAUUUCGCUGCUCAAUAUGGUCCUUAAAAUUAAAUUCUUAAGAAGAACAUGCAAGACUGUAGGCACCCUGGAGUAAAGGGAAAACCAAAUAGUGUAGUUCCCUGAGUCAUUCACAUCUUUGAGGCUGCUUUGGCUCCCUACUCCAAAUUUGUGGAUGUCUCUUCUACCUCCCAUUUAUUGACAUAUUCUCACCUGAUAUUAUACAGGACUUGAAUACUGAGUCUCCAGUUUUGAAAAGUGAAGUCAGUCACUCUCUCCCCACAGUACCAUCCUGUAAGAUUAAAUAUCUACCCUGUCUUGAUUUAUAGCUAAGCAAAACUCUGUCUGGCUGUCCUUUAUGAUCCUCUCCUCUUCUGCUGAGGAAAUGAUACUAUAAACCUUCAUAAUGUGACUCUCCCUAGUUUGAAUGGAGAAGUGGUUAAUAGUAUUAACGCUGAAAGGAUCAACAAUGUCAUCUGACAUAUACAGAAAACAGUAAGGCAGUUUCCAUCUCAAGACUGUAAUAACAGAUUCUUAUCAAAUCGAGUUUGUUAUCUACAUUACUAAGUCUAGUUCGCAUUUUUAAAGGGACAAAUUAGAAACAGGUUUGUUACCAGAGAAAAACGAAAGCAAGCUGUUGAAUCACAUGGUAGUUCAGAGAUCUGUUUACCCUGAUACGACACCCCUCUUUCAGUCCUUGAAUUUUGAGAAACACUACUCUGAUUCGAUGGAGUUUGAGUUGCCAUACUAAGAGGAAAUCCGAGCUCUUUUUCAAGUUCAUGUACAUACAAGUGUAGCAGAAAUGAUGAGCAUUAGCUGUUUCUACUGUCAGCCCAUUUUAACAAACUGCUGUGUAAUUGCCCAGAAAAGUUGGGAAACAAACUGGAAGGAGACAGCCUGACUAGUUAUGCUUGGACUGUUGCCUUUAAUCCUAAUUGCUUUGUGGAAGUUGGUUUUGCAUUCUGCCUUUAUUCUUCCUUUGUCUAAAACUGACAGAUUAUUUUUUCCUCCGAAACAAUGAAAGGACAAGAGUCUAUCUUCUGACAUGGGAACCUUCUGGCUGCCUCUGACGUGGAAUCCUGCAUAUGUACUUUCUACAGAUUAAAAAUAAUAUUGUAUAUAAAAAAAAAUUGAAUAAAGAAUGUCUCUAAGUGA